AUGUCGGGUUACAAUCUGACUUUUCACGUUCAGUCUUCCAUAGCUGCUACCGGAGCCUUUUCAUCUUUUGCAAUUGAUCCGUUAACGCUCGCCAUCACUGAGUGUAUGGCCAUGCUGCUGGCCAUGCGCAAGGUCAGCAGGUACCAGCAAAGCGGAAUGGCUGCUAUUUUGGGUAGUGGUAAUGACUUUUUUGGUGGAACUGGCGCUGACGACGACCUGCUUACCACGAAUCUUGGAUUUGCUCCCACAAACCGUCACGGCUCUCACGGUCCACCCCAUCCCAAUGGCACCGCCCAUCCCAGUACCGCCAUGCCUCUCGUGCUGAGCUUCGUGCAACUUCGGUCCAUGCUCCUGGAGGCAACAGACAUCGAGGUGCUCGACAGUCUUACGGUUCUCCAACCAUUUCUUUUGGUGGUAAAGCUGCCACUGACCUCUGGGAGGAUUACGGCCAUGGCCCUUGAGGCAAUUUCCAGGUUCUUACAGUAUGGCGUCCUUACAGAUCGUUCGCCCAAUCUUGGUCCUACGCUAGGACAAAUUUGCUCUGCUCUUACACACUGUCGAUUCGAAGCAGCAGAUCAGAGUUCAGACGAUGCUGUGCUUCUUAAAGUGUUACGGCUCAUGGAGGCCGUCGCCACCAGUCCACACGCGGGGCUUCUCCCGAACGACGUGGUGCUGGAGGUGGUUCAAACUUGUUUGUCUCUUGCUUGCAAUAAGAAGAGAAGUGAGGUGUUAAGAAGAGCAGCUGAAAUGGCCAUUGGUAAUAUCACCGCUCGUAUAUUUGCUCGCUUGAGCGAGCUUCCUGAACAGGAAUCGGGUUCGGUGGUGGUGGGUGAGUUGCCCGAGGAUGUUAUUGGUGCUGCAGCUGCUCGGAAAGAAUCUGACCUUGCAGAAGAUGACAGGGUUCUUGAAGACAAAGACAGCAAUUCAGACGAUGGUUUCGAUGUGUCUGCUCUCAUAGAGUUCACGUCAAUUCUCAUUUCAAUGAUCUCGCCUUCUAACCAAUACCAGCAUAUGGAAAGUACGCGUGUGCUUGCACUUCGUCUUAUCAACACUGCUGUUGAGGUUAGUGGCCAUCAUUUUUACACCCACCCAUCACUUAUGAGCUUGUUUACAGAUCCAGUGUCCAAACAUGUUCUUCAGAUCAUUGCUACUGUUGAGUCUCCUGCUUUGCUUGAAGUUGCUUGGAGAGUCUUUGCAACCAUGGCUGUUGUUUUAGGCCCUCAUUUGAAGAGUCAAAUAGAGUUGACGUUCUCGGCCUCAAGUUCGGUUGUUGCCGGCUCUACAUUUGCUUCUCCAACUGCUAAAGAAAUGUUUCUUGAGCUGCUAUCACUUCUUUGGACUAGAGAUCCCUACUUUUUUACCAGAUUAUAUGCUGAUUAUGACUGUGACUUUGAUAGAGCAGAUUUGGCUCGUCAAUUGAUAGAAUUCAUCUGUACUCUUGCCCUUCCAGAACUGGCUAGAGUUUCUACUGACAAUGUGCCUCCUCUAUGCCUUGAAGGGUUGUUGUCGUUUGUGAAUGGUAUCAAUGAAAGAGUCAAGAAAGGACAAUUUCUCGAAUCACUGUCGGACCUCGAUGAAGUUCCUCGUCGUCUUUCCAAUAAAGCCAAUAAAAAGGCGUUUGUGGAGUGCACCGACGAAUUCAACAAGAAACCCUCUCUUGGCCUUGCUGCUCUUGUUCGUCAUGGCUUCAUCAAGGAUCCUAAUGAUAUUGCUGAAGUUUCCCAAUUUAUGUAUAAUAAACUGGGUCGAUUGAACAAAAAAGUGUUAGGAGAAUAUCUCGCCAAAUCCAGUAACAAAGACUUGUUGAAGCAUUUCAUGUCACUUUUCGAUUAUGAAGGAUUGCGUGUGGAUGAGGCCAUCCGGUUGUUGUUAAAAACCUUCCGUUUGCCUGGAGAAGCUCAACAGAUUGAACGUAUUGUCGAAACUUUUGCUUCACGUUAUGCUGAAUGUCAAGAGGAAAAACAACCGGAUCUGAAAGAGGCCGAUCAACCAGAUGUACUGACGGUUAGGCCUGACGAAGAUUCGGUCUUUGUUCUUUCAUUCUCAAUCAUUCUUCUUAAUACUGACCUUCAUAACCCACAAGUUAAAAAGCAUAUGACUCUUGAAGCUUACAAAAAGAAUCUCAGAGGACAAUACAACGGAGGAGAUAAUUAUCCCGAAUGGUAUCUUUCUAAGAUCUACAGCAGUAUCAGAGAUAGGGAAAUUAUCAUGCCAGAAGAACAUCAUGGUACUGAGAAGUGGUUUGAUGACGUGUGGAAUAAUGUCGUUUCUGCCGAAGCUUUGGCUAAUAAUGAUCUCCAUGAAGAAGUUAUUGACGACAUUUCUGUAUAUGACAAGAAUCUUUUUGCUGAUACGGUUGGCGUUAUUACAAAGACUCUCGUCCAAAUUUUUAAUGAAGCUACUGAUGACCAUAUCAUUACUCGUCUUAUGUCCACUAUCGAUAAAUCUGUGAAUAUUUGUCUACAAUACGGAAUUCUUGAGCCAGUGGAUCUACUCAUAGGUCUUCUUGCCGACCUUACCACCCUUACAGAUCCGGCAGGGUUGAAGCGUAAUAAGGACGAAAGUGAUGACAACUUGCGGGAUGAAAUACCUAUAACUCAAAUCAAGCUUGAAGGGAAAGACGAUACCAUAACCGUAAGUGAUGUUGCAGUCUGGUUUGGAAGAGAUUUCAAAGCUCAGAUCGCUACCGUUGUUUUGUUCCGACUACUCAAGAAGACAAAGUGUCGUGUUACUCCAGCUUGGGAGAAAGUUAUCAAGAUUAUUCUCACUCUUUACGAAAGCUGUCUUGUGGACCCUAACAUGUACAGUGAGUUUCAGAAGACGCUUUCACUUCCUCUGUUAACGAGAGCGAAGCCACGUUAUAUUAUCAACCGCUCCAAGCCUUUGAGAGAGUCAGGUCUUUUGCUGACAUUUUCGUCAUUUUUGAAGGGAUAUUCUGAUGAACCACCUGAGCCUACUGACCUGGAGGUUGAAAGUACAUUAAGCACUAUUGACUGUGUCAAGUCGUUGGAUUUAGUUGCUUUGUUUAAGACUGUAGCUGAGGGAGGUCAAGAAAACAAAAUUUUAUUGGCCCAGCUAUUGGUAGAUGCUAUACCAGAGAAGCUCGAUGAUGUUCUGAAACGGUAUUACGAGCUGGAGGUGUUGUUCAUCACUGAAAACCUGGUAUUUUUGGCAUUAUUGUCCAAUGACAAGCUAUUAUUCAAAAAAAUAAUCCAGAAGAUCUCUAAAGUAGGAGGAACUUUGAGCAAAAAAGGCGAUUUGAGAAUGGCGGUUUAUGAAUUGGUGCUAUGGAAAGAAUUAAGUACUCUCACCGAUGAUCCUCUGGCUGAAGAUGAAAUUGUCGGAAACAUAGAGUUACCACUAGGAAGUGUUCUUUCUCUUGAUAAGGAUAUCUUAACUAAAUUCGGUGAGCCAUUGAUAAGCCCUUUGAUUUCGCUCGUGAGCACCUCGUCUACUUUAAGCCAACAGCUACUUUCUUCCAAGCAGUAUUGGAAAGUACUUCGUUCUAUUGGAGCGAUUCCUGUAUUUUCCUCCAAGGUGCUAGGACUCACAGAAUCACUAAUCAAAGAAUCUGUAGACGAUAUCUCGCCAGAAAAUUUUAUGUUGGUGUUAGGUCUUUUGGAUGAAAUCUCAUCUGUUGGAGCAUUUGCAGCACAAUGGGAACAAGACUCUUCAAAUCAUGCCAAAGCACAAGGUAAAGAGGAUAAAAGCAAGUAUCUUCGUGAACUCAUCAAUACCUCAAAGAAGUCAAUUGCUCUUACUUCGGAAUUGCUGUAUGUGUUUGGAAAAGAUGGGUUCACCCGCGAUAAUGCUGGGUAUCCAUUAGUACAAGCGUUAGCCCACCAAUGUUUCAAUCCUUGUCGUGAAGUACGUUCCACCGCUUUAAAUACGCUCAAAUCAACCGUUCUCACCGCCGUGGAGUCUCACGACAACCAACUUCCUCCAGCCGGCCUUUUCCAGUUUGGUCUCUUCCCCCUUUUAGGUGAAUUGGCUAAGCCUUCAGUUAUUCAAACGGACCCUCAAGGGUUUGUGACCACUCAGGUCGAAGCGUUGUCCUUGUGCAGCAAAGUGUUUCUUCAUUUUAUCGGAAAGUUCCUGGAAGAGGAAAUUCAAAUCACUUGGAUUGGAAUCCUUGAUGGGUUUAAAUCUUUCGACGAUAUUCAGAAAGCAGCAACCACCGAAGACAAUUCUGCCAAUCAUGAAUCGGGUAUGGAAUUGUUGAAGAACAUGUUAUUGGUUCUUCAGAGCGGAGGGGUUCUCUCGCCAGAAAAUAAGGAGUUAUGGGAACCUACUUGGACCAAGGUUAGCUCGAUCUACAGCGAAUUACGGCCUGAGAGUGAAGCUAAAGAAGAACCUGCUGAUACUACAGCAACUGGAUCACGGUCAAAUGCAGAUCCCGCCACAGAGACUAUAGAUCCUGUCAUAGAGCAAAGUGCAGAAGAUGCACAAGCCACUGUUUCAAAUGACACAGAUGAAGUAGAUUAA